AUGAGCUUGCUUAUAGUCUUGGCCGCAUUGGUGGCGCCAACUAUCGCCGAGACUUACGUGGACAGAGAAUACUACCAGUACAGAGGCCCUCCGGCACCAUUAUCCAGCAAUGGGAUGGUCUUGGACACGCCGGAAGUGGCUCAUGCAAGGGCUACUCAUUUAGCAGUCCACGCUGAAACCAUGGCUAGAUUACGGAAGGCUCAGAACGAUUAUGAGAUGUACGAGAAUAACGAAAUGUCGUACAUGCCACAAAUGAUGGACCCCAUGGAGGCUAUGGUGCAAAAACGACAGAGACAAAGGUCGUUCCCGCCUUUGGAUCACGAUGCAAAUUCUAUGGAGAAUCCUGCGAUGACAGAUGCAAAAAGCCCUCACUUAGCAACGCAUGCACACGCAGCUUCAAAGGCAUCCGAAUUUUACGAAUUCGACGUUUUCGAUGGACGAAAAAAUUGGGUUUAUCUUACUCCUAUUCGACUCACCUACAAACACACGCCAUCGAUGGGUUAUCGAGGCCCACUAGCGCCACUAGGCCCAGAUGGUCGCGUGAUAGACACACCGGAAGUGAUGAGGGCGCGCGAGGCUCACAUGAAGGCGCAUGCUCGAGCUGUGGCUCUCUCCACUCAGAAUGAUCUUUACUAUUGA